AUGUCUGCAUGGCUGAUUGCACUCACUAGCUUCGAGACUAUUGUCCUGAGCUAUAUCGAUGCGCACCCAAUUCUCAACAUCAUCGUAUCACUUUUCAUUCUCAUCAAGGCGAUUCACAUUUUCAACCUGAUUCAUAUCCUUGGUGUGGACAUAUUCGACAUUGAAGUCUCUGGGUCCAGAACGCCAGCACCUGACACGUUCCGCCAGUUUUGCCUAGCCUUGAGGCUCGUUACAAGCACAUACGGCCUUCCAGCAAAUUAG